UCUCCUGGAUUUAUUCUAUGUUCUAAAGGAAUUGAUCCGCGAUGGUGUUGGCAAAGGUGUGGUUUUUGGUGGUGUGGUGCUGUGUGCUGUGGGGAGGACACCAAAUCUCGGCCACCAACACCUCCUGUCCCUCGGCUUUCCUGAACCGCUGUAGCUGUGGCAUGGCGUACUCCCCCUAUGAUGGGCACAGGCAGAUGAAGUACACUGUCAACUGCACCAAUUCAGGCUUCCGAACAGCGUCCAUGCUACAUAGUCUUCCAGAGGAGACUGAAGUUUUCAUCUUCACUGGAAACACAAUCCCAACCUUACCAAUAAACAUGUUCAACAAGACUCUGUUUUAUAAUGACCUUGACGUCAUUGACAUGUCCAACAACCACAUUCGCUUCAUUCAGGGAAAAACAUUCCAUAGGGUGUAUCGUGUCAAAACCCUCAUCCUUAAUCACAAUGACUUGGACAUCACCGACAAAAAGGAGAGGCCAAGAUUAUUCAGUUCCUUUGAUUCACUGGAACACCUCCAUCUGACCAAUGCCUUCUCAGAGAAGAUCAACUCCUCAGACUACCUGCUCAGCCUCGAGGAUAUUUUCUAUGAGAGCACAUUAGGCUUAUUGAAGACUUUGCAUCUGGAGCAGAAUGAAAUUUCGACGAUAGGGAACAACACUGGAGUGUUCUGUCAGCUACCAAAGUUGCAAGAUCUCUUCCUCACAGACAACAGGCUGAGGGACUUUGACUUCAGAAUAGACUGUCUGCAUUCAGUGAGAUACAUCAACUUGGAAAGAAAUAUGAUUGCUAGGCUGUCUGAGGAUGCCAUGAGGGCACUAGACAACUUCAACAGAAACAACUCUACAGUUACAAUAAGGAUGCAGCAAAAUAAUUUUGAUUGUGAUUGUCGUUCAAAAAACUUCAUACAGUGGCUGAACACGACUAAGGUCAACAUUGAAGGCUGGAGUGACUUGAAGUGUGUUGAUGGAUACCCGAGCACCAACAUCGGCAAAACUCUCAGUGAGGUCCAGGAAUUACCAUGUUCUUCACACAGCAAGCUAGGCAGAAUGGGUGCUGUGAGCCAUGGCAGCCAUCCACAUGGAUAUUCCUCAAGCACCAUUGGCGCUCUGUCCUUCCUCCUAGUGUUUACCACAUCCAUGUUGCUGGCUGUUUUAUAUUUCCACAAGUAAAAGGCAAAGAAAUUAUUUACUCCUUACUGGGACUUCAUCACCAGGAAGAUUGGUUACACAGGACUCAGUCAUGAUGAAGCCCCACAGGAGGUGAAUGUGUAGUGGUGGGUGUCACUGUGGGGCUUAGUGUGCCGAUACUUUUGCUUGAAUAUCCAUUUUCUUAUUCUCUGAAGAAAAAUGAUAUAUUUGUCUAUGAAGAAAAGUUAUUAACUUGGUACUUGUGAAAAAAAAGAUGAAGUUUUUGACAGGUUUAGCUUUGACAAAAAACAAACAGAGGUGUUGAGAUGACCCAGCUUCAACCCAGACUGUCUUGAGCCACUCACUAUCAUCAUCCCUCUUUUAGUAUGCUAUGAGAGUGAUAGUCACAGAUCUUGGGUGUGUUCAGAUUCCAGACACGAAAGAAGGAAAAGUAUAUGUCAUUCCAUCACUGUUGUCAUCAUUCUCAUUAUCAUCAGUUAACAUAACUCCAUCACCAUUUUCAUUGCCAUUCAUCGUUAUAGGGAGCAAUACAAGAGAAAAAGAAAUCAGGAGUCGUUAAUUCUUAUUUAGUUUACUUGAUUUGUAUCUAAAAGUAUGCCCAGGCUCUCCACCAUUACAAGAAUAAGGUUGUCGUUGUGGUGUAUCAGAUAUCAUUAAACACAUUGCAGUAUAACAAUCCAGCUUGUAGCAGCAUAGGAGGAAGAGGUAUACAUCCCACUCAGCCUUUCACAGCUGUGGUGGGCUGGCUUGGGUCUCAAAUGUCCCCUCAACUCCCUGCACUCAAUCUGUCCUCUAGGCAGGGAUCAUGGGAAUAGAAUCCUUUUCAUAGAUAAGACAUGUCAUAUUGUUUCCCUUCCAUCCACUUUGUAUUCUCCUCUUUUUCUUAUUUAUAUAUUUUGCCUUUAAUGCCUAGUUUUUGUUUAAAUACCUCUAUACCAUUUUUUUUUUUUUUUUUGGUGCUUUCAAUAUCCAGGGAUUUCUAUAUGAAAUCUUUUCUUUCUUGAGAUCCUGGGAUUUUUCUGGUCUGGUCAAAAUACCUCACUUAGUGGUAGAAUGGUUAAUGGGUCUUUUUCUGUGUAUGUGUAGCUAUCUCUUUAUAUUACAUGUUUUCUACUCAGAGGAUAUUAGUUUAAGGCUGCUACCCUACUGAAAUCAUAGUCCUUACUAGUAGCAAUCAAUAGCUUUAAAUUAAUAUUUAUUCAAAAUUAUCAGAGUAGAUAAAAAUAUGAAUUAUAGACAUACAUAUAAAUAGAUAAAGAUUGCCAGUUCUGUCACAGAGUGAAGGAUGCUACAACUGGUACACAAGUACACUACACAGUACACACCCCUGCAUGGGGAUGGAAAGGGACAGACAAACUCAUCCCUUCUGAGAGACAGGCUUGGGACUAGACUGAAGAGCACUCAUCAACUAUGCAAACAGAGUAUUAUAUGCAAUUAUAAAAUGUUAUAAAAUUUCUGCUCAUCUACCACAUGAAAAAAUUAAGGGUUGAAUUUUUUAUUUGAGCUGCCAAUCUUGUAAGAAAUACUUAAAUAGUUUCCAUAAUAAGAACGGUAAAAUUUACCAUAUUGUACCAUAUCAAAGUAGUUUGACUACCUUUAUCGUAAUCAGUUCUCUUAGGAAAAGAAAAUAGGCACUUUUACAUUUUGCUAGCAAAGAGUGAAGAAUUCCAAUACAGUAUGAUACUUCAAUUUUAAUAUUUGACUGAGAAUUUGAGUUGAAAUUACCGUCAUUAAAGUAUGUACUAAGAAAAAAAAUUGUUUUUGUUAAAGGUUAGAUAAUAUACAUACAAGGAGAGGGGAAAUACUGGAGGCAUGGAGGGAGGGGUGAGGGAGAAGACAGUGAAGGGAAGGUAGGUAAUAAGUGCUUUAGAGAGAGUUAUGAAAGGAAGAAGGGUGAUCAUGGAGAUAAGAAGUAUAUGGUAGUAUUAUCCUCCCAACUCUUUCAUAUGCAUCAGAAAUAUGGAUGUUAAAUGUAGCACAACAAACACGAAUAUGCUCUGUGGCAAUGAGCUAUAAGAAAUGCAUGUGGUGUGUCAGGAUGGGAUGAAGAAAGUAUUGCAAGUAUAUAUGAGAGGUUUGGUAUGGUGUAACAGUAUAGGUAGUGGAUUAUGGGGUGGUUUGGUGCUCUGAUGGUUUGGACACGUGCUGAGAAUGAAUGAGCAAGACUUUUUGAAGAGGAUAUAUGAGUGCAGGAUCGCGAGAGAGGGUGUAAGGGAGAGACCACCAGUGAAAUAACAGAGUGCAUGAGUAUCAGAAGGAGAGAAAGAGAGUUGGUCGGUGAAGGAUUGAGUGUGCCGAGGGAAGUUCCCCUGAGGGAGCAGGGUGUCAGAGAUAUAGAAAGAUAGUGAUCUUUGUCUUGUGUGUCUGAUGAGAGUUGUGUUAGUCAAGCCUCUCCUCCAAGGUGUCUUUCUUUUUACAGAAAGUAACUGUUUUACUUGACAUUUAACAUAGUAUUUAACAUUUAAUUAUUCAAAAUAUGUUUUAAUGCCAAUUUAUUAACAUAUGUAUUUAUUUUGUUCCUAGUCUUAAAAGAAAAGUAAUGUUUGCAUUUAUCAAUAAUGGGAUGUAAUAUAUUGAGCAGUGUUAAAGCAAUCAUGUGAAUAAAUCUUGUUGUCAUGUGUUCCUUUGACUUUGGGCUCUUACAUAUAUGUAUGAAACUAGAAGCCUUUCAUUAUGUUUUCAUCCACUGCUUAGUUUUCUUGGAGGUAAUUUGAUAAAGGUCAUAUGAUAUAUUCAAAUAAAGAGCAGCAGUAUGAAGUUUAGAAACUCCUGCUAUGUCCCAAAAUUCUUUACUGCUGGAAAAUUAUAUGUGAUCAUUAAGUCAAUAUAUUUACUAAUGUGUGUGUGCAAGUGUUUUGUAGUGUUAUAUACCAUUCCCUCCAACGGUGUGCAUAAAAUGUCAUUAUAUUUUGUUAUAAAUAAUGUAAUAUUUUGCUUGUAUAAGGAUUAAUGGAGUGCCUUUUCUAUAUUUUAAUAUUAUGUGUGCUGAAUGUGCUGCUGUUGUAUGAUAUUGUACAUGGAUGUGCAGAGGACUUACAGAGUGAGUGUGUAAGGUGCCAAAAUGCUUUGAAUGAUUUUAAUAAAAUUUUCUUGCUUAUUCACCUGUCCAAAUGUUGACAGUGGCCUAUGAGUCCCAGGUAUGCAUAUUCUUUUUUGUAUGGUAUGUGUGAUUAGCACGUGUCCACUCAUAACUAUUAUCUUGCAAAUAGUUACACAUUUCAUCCCUUUUUUUUUCCAAGGCUCAGUUUUUACCAGUCUCUCUUCUUAAGCUCUUACCAUUACACUUUCUUGUUGGUUAUUCCAGCAUUGGUCUGACACGUACAGGUACGCAUUAGUAAUCCGCCCAGCCAAGAAUGUCAUACGUAUAGGUGGAGCCUCAAUUGUGUGCCUUUAGAGGUCCAACACUUUUUUUUUCAAGGAUAAGUUGAUUUUACAUGAUUACUAAUUUUUGAAAUGUAAAAGUUAUUACUCCAUUGAUAAUAUCAAUGCUUUUUGCUCAUCUAGUUGGGUAUAAAUGACAGGCAAGGCCAUAUCUACAUUGUUUCUGUAGGUGGCGAUCAUUAGGAUCAAAGACCAUAGGGUGAUUUGGAAGCAAUUAAGGCUCUUGCAACUUAUGCCAGUAUCCCUCUGUCAAGUGAAUUUUUGGGGGUUAAUUCCCAUCACCCUUGACAUCUUCUGACAAAACAAAGGAACAUAUUUUAGUAUAGUCAACCUAUGAACUGGCUCAGUCUAACAACUUAUGAUUAAACAAACCCAGUCUAACAAGUUAACAAGGUAGGGUGACCAGACGUCCCCGGUUUCCGGGGACAGUCCCAGUUUUCAGUGACCUGUCCCCGGCUACUGCUGUCCCCGGAAAUGUCCCCGGUUUUCACUGUGACUGAAAGAUCCUCUUACUUUUACUAUAUAUUUUAGAAUGCCAGGAAGAAGAAGGAGGCCUUAGUUUGGGUGAAGUGUCUGGCUGAUACCUGUUUUUUACAGCUGAUUUUAUGGAUGUUCUUGAUCUCAGCUACUUUGAUCAGAGAAAAAAACUCAUUGUUAAUCAA